AGUCUCAACCCCUCAAUUGAAAAAAGAAUGAAGAAGAGGGGCAUUAUGCGAAAUGUGGGUAGGUGAUUGGUUGGUGAGAUGUUUUAGGCUCCUUAUUAGUCCUCAAAUUUUAAGUAGGGACUAACUGACCAAGGAUAGUUGGUGUUAGCCAAUUUUGAUCUGCUUCUCAUAGAAGACGAAAGAGGGAAAUCACUCUUCAUCCCUCUUUUUAGAUCCUUGAACUUCACAUAAAACCCACAUCUUUAUUUCUUCUGUGCCCCAUUUAGUUCAGUUUUCACCCACCAUUUUUCAGGUUUAUAAGAUGUCUCCUCCAACAAGAAUCGGUCUAGCUGGUCUAGCAGUUAUGGGUCAGAAUCUUGCCCUUAACAUUGCUGAAAAAGGCUUCCCUAUUUCUGUUUACAACCGGACUACAUCAAAGGUUGAUGAGACUGUCGAACGAGCCAAACAAGAAGGGAACCUGCCUCUCUAUGGCUUUCAUGACCCUGAAUCCUUUGUCAAUUCAAUCCAAAAACCCCGCGUCAUAAUUAUGCUUGUUAAGGCUGGGGCUCCAGUUGAUGAUACCAUCAAAACUUUGUCUGUCUAUAUGGAAAAAGGAGACUGCAUCAUUGAUGGUGGUAACGAGUGGUAUGAAAAUACCGAGAGAAGAGAGAAAGCAAUGGCUGAAAAGGGACUCCUCUACCUUGGAAUGGGAGUCUCGGGUGGUGAAGAGGGUGCAAGAAAUGGACCCUCCUUGAUGCCUGGUGGUUCUUUCGAUGCUUACAAGAACAUCGAGGAUAUUCUUCUUAAGGUAGCAGCUCAAGUACCCGACAGUGGCCCUUGUGUAACAUAUAUUGGCAAAGGAGGCUCUGGAAACUUUGUUAAGAUGGUUCACAACGGAAUUGAAUAUGGUGAUAUGCAGUUGAUUGCAGAGGCUUAUGAUGUGCUAAAAUCAGUCGGAAAGCUUUCUAACGAAGAAUUGAAGGAAGUUUUUGCAGAGUGGAACCGAGGAGAGCUUCUUAGCUUCUUGAUUGAGAUUACAGCGGAUAUUUUUGGAAUUAAGGAUGACAAAGAUGAAGGAUAUUUGGUAGAUAAAGUCUUAGAUAAAACUGGCAUGAAGGGUACCGGAAAAUGGACAGUUCAGCAAGCUGCUGAUUUAUCUGUUGCUGCCCCAACAAUUGCAGCGUCUUUGGACUCGAGAUUUCUCAGUGGUCUGAAAGACGAAAGAGUUGAAGCUUCGAAAGUCUUCAACGCUGUUGGGGUUGAGGAUAUCUUCGUGGACCCACAAGUCGAUAAGAAGAAAUUGAUUGAUGAUGUUAGGCAAGCGCUUUACGCUUCGAAAAUUUGUAGUUACGCACAAGGAAUGAAUUUGAUUCGUGCAAAGAGUGUCGAGAAAGGUUGGGACUUGAAACUUGGAGAGCUCGCUAGGAUAUGGAAGGGUGGGUGCAUUAUCCGUGCUAUAUUUUUGGACCGCAUCAAGAAGGCAUACGACAGGAAUCCGAACCUUGCAAACCUCCUUAUUGACCCGGAGUUCUCAAAGGAGAUGAUCGAGCGUCAAUCUGCUUGGCGUAGGGUUGUCUGCCUUGCCAUCAACUCUGGUAUCAGCACCCCCGGUAUGUCCUCCAGCCUUGCUUAUUUUGAUUCUUAUAGGAGGGAACGACUGCCUGCUAAUUUAGUGCAGGCCCAACGAGAUUAUUUUGGAGCUCACACCUAUGAAAGGGUUGAUAUGUCUGGUUCUUUCCAUACCGAAUGGUUCAAACUCGCUAAGCAAUCCAAAAUGUAAGUUGAGUUGUGCUUUAUGAUUCUCGUCAAAACAGCGUUUAAUAAAAUAAACGACUUGUGGCCACCAAGUUUGGGCCGCUCCCUUUGUGCACUUAAUUUAUCUGUUAGAGACGAUGUUUAAUAUCUAGUGACGAGAUUUCCAUCCCGAUCAUUUGAGGGAUAGCUGUGUUUUUCUUUGUAAUUGCUCAUGGGACCGAACACUUACUAGUUGAAUUCCUUUAUCAUUCUGCAUUA